AUGUCCGUCUUGCGCCACGGAGGAGGCGGGGGCGGUUUUCUCCAGCGGCGCCUCACAAAGCUCUAUACCGAUACAAAAACCUCCUGCGAAAGUAUAACAACUGCCUCAAAGGCCGUAGACGACCCCGAGCUGGUCGCCUUACAUCAGAGCUUCCAGAAACAGCGGGACCGCUUGCUCUCGUGGGGCUUGGAUUGGAGUGACGCCAGCGCCGCCCAGCCAAAUGAUAUCGAUGAGUCCCUCACAGCCGCCGGUUUCAGUGAUGUCGUCGAGAGUGUCAUGUCCUCCAUUCAGGAUCUCCUGAAUGAGGCAGAGCGCGUACAGCAUAUUGACCUGCCCAUCCUUCAGUCAAAGGAACGCAAGGUGGACCUGCCCACUCGACCACUAAAGGCACAAUGGACUGAAGAUGAUAUUACUCGAUCAAAGACUAUUCUCAGCGACCUCACUGCCUGCAUCGACACCCUCUAUGACCUCUCCCGCUCGCGGCGGACCAUGGCUUCCAGCAUGUCCUCGAGCAAGCAUAGUACCAGCGCCAGCACACGACGACCACGACCCAACCCCGUUUCUCCAUACGAUGCUUCCCACGGCUCAUUCUCCGAAUCUAAGGAAAAAGUCCAGAGCCCGAAGUCCAUGUACGACCAUUUAAACUAUUCCCCCUCAACUCCGCACCGCAACGACUAUAACAAUCCCUUUGUCCCUCCCAAUCCUCUCGUCAUCGACCGAUCAGACCUACAACUAUACGGCACGGCCCACGAUAAUAGCCCGCCUCCUUAUGAACCAAUUGCUGCAUCGUCGAACUCACGGGCCGUUGGUCGACUUAAAACCUCCGCAGCCCCAUAUCUUCUCGGUUCUGUAAAAGACUCGCAUGUCUCCGUGUUGGUCGAGUUCAUGCCCGUGAUGGUCAACUCCCAGAUGGACUCGAACAACUCUCGGCUGGAAAAGCUCCAGCACUCGCUCGACCAGUUGCUGCAGAAUGCACGAAUUGCCCACCUGGGCCUUCUGCGCUUCAUUGGUUAUGCUCUUGAUGAACCUAAUGCCCGCUACGCCUUCCUAUACCAGAUGCCCGUCGACUAUUUCCCCUUUUUACGAAACCCCAGCGAUCUUUUGAAAGAGCUGAAGCCCGUGCCUCUCCUCGCCAUGCUUCCCUCCGCGGAUAACUCCGGCGACAAGCGCAUGCCCAACCUGGAGACUCGGUUCCGUUUGGCCUACGACCUCUUAAUGUCCGCACUCCACCUCAGAAGCCAGAAUGUGGUCCAUGGCAACAUCAACAGCAGUAAUGUUAUUUUCUUCCCCGGUCGGACCGAUGCAAACAACGAUGAAGGCGGCCUCGCCCCCGACAUGCAACGUCCUUAUUUGACAUCUCCGGUCCGCUUCUCCAAUGAUGGCCCCACCCCGGAGCCGCUAUCCAAUGCGAUGUACCGUCACCCGGAUGACAAGAGAUCUCUUGAGGAUGAUGCCGCAUGGGCUUAUGAUCUCUACUCUCUUGGUCUUGUCUUACUGGAGAUUGGCCUGUGGGCACCUGUCAAGCAGCUCUGGAAGCUGAAGUAUGACCGCUCAUGGUUCAAGCGUCGUGUCGAGGAACUAUACGUCAAGAAGCUCGGUCCGAAGUGUGGGAAUGCUUAUCUUCAGGUGGUCCAAUUGUGUUUGGAUGCGCCUAAUUUCCACUUAUCGACGCAACCAAUGACCGAUCUUGGGCUACGCGUCCCCCAGAUAUACCAUUAUCCUGUUCUUGAUUUGUCCGACCCUGAUGGCACCUUCUCUUUCUCAAUGAACUUCCAAUACACGAUCUGCAAGAUUUUGUGGUCAUGCUGCCAGAUCGACAUAUUCGGAGCGCCCACAGCAGAAGAAUUAAACGACUGUCUACCUCUAGCCCUCGUUCCAACCCCUGAGCCAGCCCCUGCUCCUAUGCAGGCCAAUGCCUUCGUGCCUGCUAACUUCGACAAAAAGCUGCCCACUAUCCCGGCAGGUGAGUGGGGCGCGAUGGCUGAGGAGAAGAGUUCUGACAAGCCGGCCAAGAAGCGUACGGUGCAUAGACUUCCUCAUCUUGAGAUACCCGAUGACCAUCUGCAAGAGUGGAAUUUCCAGAUGAUGCCGCGGCUUAGUCGACUACUUCAGAAGAUCCUAAAGGAAUCUAACGAGUCCUGCGGUGCGACUCUCAUGAUGACCGGAGAGUCUACCGAAACUGCCCGCACUACUAUAUGUGUUACCUGUGCCAGCGUCAAGAAAGUUCGACAGGCCUUGAAGAAGCAUUUCCCUAUCGGUCGGGAAGACUGGGAUCUGAUUGUCGUCCGUGGCGAUAUCGAGCGAUCAAAAGUCCCCCGCAAUAAAAAGCGCAAGCCCGCUAAGACUCGACCCAACGGUUCAAACCAGAUUCCCUUUCGUCAGCGAGAGUUGAACCCUUGCUACCAACAACGGCCUCUCUGCGGUGCUUCGAUUGGUGCUUUUCAAAAUGAAGAACACAUGCCUCCAGUCUCCUAUGGUGGUGCUGUUCUUGUCGAUGGGCAGCCCUAUGGAUUGACAGUUCACCAUAUGCUCGAAGCGCCUAGUGACGAUGAAGGCCUUGGAGAUGAUGAGCCGGAUGCUCCCUCCCGCUCUGCUGGAAACUGGCCUCAGACAUCAUCCACCCCUGCCAUUCCUCAAGAUCUUUCAUACACCUAUUCUGAUGACAAUCCCUCUUUUGAAUUCGACAUAUCGGAUGGGGAGGACGAUGACGCUUCCUUAUCUUUAGGUGGUGACGAAGAAUACUGGUUAUCGGAUGACGAUUCGUCUGAUGAUGAUUCAAUUGAUGGCGGUUUCGAUGAUGAUGACGAUACUGCUUCAAUUGGCGAUACCGCCGGUAUUGAGCCUGGCGAAGAGCCUCGUCUUCUUGUGACGCAACCCGCCAUCGACGAUGUCCACGAUGAUUUUUUUCCAUCGCCUGAAGAUCGCGAUGACGAGCAUCUCGCUUCCCACUCCUUAGGAUAUGUGCAUGCAUCUUCGGGCGUGCGGCGUUGGACGCGAAAAGGCAUCAAACACGAGAUUGACUGGGCUCUGAUCAAAGUAGAUGAGGCCAGGAUGGACCCUCGCAACAUUAUUGUCGAGACCUCGUCGGCGCUUCCCAUCAGACCCGGCAUGCCUCAGCCUCCCCCAAUCUUUCUCAGUCAAGUAACUCGAAUGGAGGAGCUGGGGGGUAUGCCAGUGCAUUGCUGCGGCCGGACAAGCGGUCUUCAGAACGGGCAGAUAUCUAAAGCAAUGACGCUGGUAAAACUGCACGGACGACACUCGUUCUCAACGAGCUUUUGCGUCAACGGGAACUUUGGAGCCCCCGGCGACUCCGGCGCAUGGGUCUUCGACAGAUCAACCGGCCGAGUCUGCGGCCACGUCCUCGCCUGGUCCGCCAAAACAAACACAACCUACAUUUCCCCGAUGGAAGUCACCCUCGACGACAUCGCCCGCACCCUCGGCGCCUCCCUCGUCUCCCUACCCGGUCCACCGGCUCCAAGGCCAAUGCCCUACGCAGGUCCAACCUCGCCACCCUCUCAUCCUCCUCACUCUCACCCCCAAUACCGAUACCAAGCACCAGCACACUUGAGCGGUGACUUUAAUCGUCUCGCUGUGGCUGGAUCCCACGGCGGUCCUCCUAUACCACCGCCCCAUCCCCAUCCCUUCGCCCACCCUCAUCAUCCUCAUCAUCCGGGCUUCGCUCGUCCUCAACAUCAACAUCAACAUCCUCCUCCCCCUCCUCCGCCCCCGCGACCGGGAUCGCAUGAGGCGCAGGUCUUUCGGGCCGUGUCGCCUAUACCCCCGUCUUUGUUGACGGGGCCGAGGAAUAUUGAACGCUCUCUUGCGUGA